AUGAGGACAAGUGCCCAGACAGGGGCAGCUCGGGUCGGAAGUUACCCAAACGCACAAAGUCAGCCAUCUGGCGCAAGUCCUCAAACAUCACCGGCUGGGUCAAGUACGACCGGGAUGUCAGCACCACGAGCAUCUCACCUACCAAAUGGCCAAGCUGGAAUAAAACUAACUGGAACACCUACAGGCAGGAACACUCAGAUACAUCAGUCCAGAAUACAGGCAGCUGGUCCAAGGCGUACUGCAGCUGUACAACCAGCUGCUUCUAACUCUACAGCAACACCGUGGAGUCGAAGCGAAGCCUACAACGCAACAAGGGUGGCCACACUUCUCAAAGCACUGGUGGCCCCCUCUGCAUCACUCCUGCCCUACGCUGUGGUCGAUCCAAUUCCGUAUGGAGCUGCUCGGCUUCCAGGCCAACAGGCACGAGUGGAGCUAGUAGGUCCGCGUCACCGCACAGUACCAGCAUCUCCAAACAGUCUUACACAGUUAGGGCGUGCUCCGUUAUCAGCGUAUGUUCAAAAGUCUCAACCGAAGGCAAAACUCCCCACAGCAGCUCCAGUGAUGCCAGCUUACAAUCCGAGGUACACAGCUUCAAUAGGCCUUGGAGGUAGUAUGAUCAACGGCCCUUACAAAUCAAACUUGUUUAGUCCUCUCGGCAGCGUUGCUGUCCCUGGAAAUCAACUCAACACCAUCAACCCCAGCAGACUUACCCAGCUCGGUUCCCUGCCCGCAUCUCAGCUCAAACACACCACCAUGAUGAAGCUGAUUGAUGGCCGGGCUGAGGUUAAGGCCGCUAAGUCGCUGGACUGCAAGACCGUGGCUUCUCUCAAGGGACGCCAGGGACGCACCGACCGCUCAAUGAGCUGUGAUGACGACACCUGCCCCGGCUCCACGUCCUGCAAGAUGGUGUUCGACGUUGCCUUCUGCUGCCCCAAGGGAGUGACAUACAGCGUGAUCCACAGAGAAGCUCAACAUUAUAAAAUGAACAUCUUGUAUGACAACUAGUGACCACGGUCUUCUUUGUGUGGACAUCGUCCUGGGCGUUCCUGGCGACAAGGGGUGGUGGGAUGUAGCUGUCACGUUUGUCUUGUCAUGAUUUAACACAUACUUCAAACCUACCUCAUGUUAAGACAUGUGGACUAUUAUUUUAACAGUGUACAUGACUUCAUGUGUCCGAAACUUAUAAUAAUUGUUGUCGGAUCUCAGCUUCUUUAAAACUUUGCCGAUGAUUGUUCCGUCGACAAUUUCAAGUGAUUUGAAUAAUCCAUGCGUGUAUUACCUACACCAUCCUGUGUUGACCUUUUCAGGAGUUGUAUGGA